AUGGCUAGACCCAGGCAGGCCCCACAGCUUCUACUGGCCAUUCUGGUGGCCCUGGUGGCCAUCGCCUACCAAGAAAAGAAGAAAACCUUUAUUAGUGUCCAUGAAGUGCCUGCAUCAGAAGCCUUCGUGGUAACCACCUUGGAGUAUGUGACCAGUGAGUUCAACCAGGAAAGUGAUGACAAGUACAACUUCCGGAUUGUGCGUGUCCUGAAGGUCAAGAGGCUGGUUACCGACCACAUGGAGUACCAUGUGAACUUCGAGAUGCGGCGGACCACCUGCCAUAGGCUGGAAGCCAACAACUGCAGCUUUCAGGAAGGGGAGCUUUACAAGCAAAUUGAGUGCUUUUACUCAGUGUUUGUUGUCCCCUGGUUUGAAAAGUACAAAAUUCUGCGCAAAAAUUGCACCAAUGGCUAGGUGACCUGGAGCACACACCUGUGGUCACUAUAUGUGAAAGUAUCCUGCAAUUAGUAGUAACUCCCUGUACAGAAAAUAAAUGUUUGUCCACCUAUUCUCUUAAUGUUCUUAAUGUGUAAAAUUCCAUUUUCCCCCAAAUUCUUCAGUUCAUAAUAAUAUAGUCUGAAGGUCUUCUGGGCAGGGGUCCAAAUGAAAUGACAUGAAUAAUUUCUGGCCUUAUAGCCUACAUAACCUGCAUGAUAGCAGAACUUCAACACUAUCCUCACAUCCAGGAGGUUUCUUUAGAUUAAAACAAAACGGAGAAAGGGGAAAGAAGAGAGAAGAGGAAAGAAACGCUAAGACAAGAGAUAGUGGCAAGUAUGGACGAUGAUGGCAUCUCUGAGGAGUCCAAUAAAGAGCAUCUCCUUUCUUGUCUAACAUGCAAAACACAGAGAAAUAACAUAACUACAAAAGCUAAAAGGCCUUUGUUGCUGAUCAGGACUAAGUUGGGAGCUGUGCCAUUUUGAUAGGCAAGUGCACUUCCUAAUACCAAAUUCUAGAAUUCAACUUACACGCCCAACAUCAGCAACAUUGGACCAGAGCAGGUCUCUUCACAAAGAGGUUCCUCUCCUGGAGUUGACAAGGAAAAUGUGUGCCCCCGGUGGGAAAGAGUAGGACCUGGACUACAAUGCCCAGUUUUUUCUUCCCAAAUAGGCCAAUUCGAUUAAGUCCUCCUGGAGAGAAGUGAUGAGGACAGCAAAAGCAGGGAGGCUAUGGAGGGGCCCCUCUUCCAUGGAUGGCGAUUAGCAGUGGAGAAUAAACAGCACCCAACAACGUGAUUCAGGAUUUUAAACUAAGUCACCAGGCUGAUCUCUCCACUCUACUUCUCCCUUUGCAAACUUAGCUCUGUGUCCUUUCACUAUCAUGGAUCACAGCCAUGAGUAUGACUCUAUGCUAAGUCCUGGGAAUCCUUCUAGUGAAUCUGAUAGUGGGGGGUUGGUCUAGGGCAGUGGUUCUCAACCUUCUGGCCUU